GCUCGCUGAGCUGUCAGAUGAGGAGGUUGUGUCACUGCUUGACCAGCUGCUGCGAUCAAAGCAGGCCUCCGCCCCCGCGCUAUUCUCCGAGGCGAUCUCCGGCGCCCGGGGCGCGCCGCAGCAGCCGCAGGGCUGGGCGCUGCCCGCGGCGCCGCGGCUGCCGCCGUUCCGGCUGCCCGGGCUGCUGGAUGGCUUCGCAGGCGACAGCGCCGCGGGCGGCGCGCGGCAGGCGCCGCCGCAGCAGGAGCAGCAGCAGGCGGAGGGGCGGCAGCGACCGGAGAUGGGCGCCGGCGGGGGCGGGGAGUGGGCCAGCGGCAGGGGCGGCUUUCUGGGCAGUGCGUGGCGCGCCUUCCAGCAGCAGCAGCAGCAGCAGCAGCAGCAGCAGCAGCAGCCAGAGAUAGUUUCGGUCGCACCCGAGGCGCCCAAAGUGCCGGCCACAGCUGGCCCCCCUCCCGCCUCCCUCGGCGGCGGUAGUGCGAGCGGCAGCGACGACGCCGGCAUGGGCGCUGACAGCGGCGCAGGCGGCGCUCGGGGCGGCGGCGUGGCGGGCGACGCUCGCCGGGCGAUC